AUGGCUUCCAUUUAUAGCAGCUCACUUUCAUCAAUCUCUGCUAAAUUGACUUUGAUUACUCCAUCUAAUCGCCGGCCAAGAUUCUGUUGCUCUCUUGGAGUUGCUGAACCAAAAGCUACCAGUGUUACUGAGCCUCUGUUACUUAAUGCUGUUAGAGGAAAAGAAGUCGAGAGACCCCCAGUUUGGCUCAUGAGACAAGCUGGGAGAUACAUGAAGAGUUACCAAAUCAUAUGUGAGAAGCACCCAUCGUUUCGUGAAAGAUCAGAAAAUGUAGAUCUUGUGGUGGAAAUUUCUCUACAGCCAUGGAAAGUGUUUCGGCCAGAUGGAGUCAUUUUAUUCUCAGAUAUUCUUACCCCUUUGUCCGGUAUGAACAUACCCUUUGACAUUGUAAAAGGUAAGGGUCCUGUCAUUUUUGAUCCAAUACAGACAGCUGCUGAUGUCGAGAAAGUGAGAGAAUUUACUCCUGAAGAGUCAGUUCCAUAUGUUGGGGAAGCAUUAACAAUCUUGCGAAAAGAGGUGAAUAAUGAAGCAGCUGUGCUAGGUUUUGUAGGGGCUCCAUUCACUCUGGCAUCAUAUGUUGUUGAAGGAGGUUCCUCAAAGCAUUUCUCUAAAAUAAAGAGACUGGCGUUUUCACAACCAAAGGUUCUUCACUCAUUGCUUCAAAAGUUUGCAACCUCCAUGGCAAAAUAUAUUCAGUACCAGGCUGACAAAGGAGCUCAAGCCGUUCAAAUCUUUGACUCCUGGGCCACAGAACUUAGCCCUGUGGAUUUUGAAGAGUUCAGUCUGCCUUACAUAAAACUUAUAGUCGAAACUGUGAAACAAACACAUCCGAAUAUCCCACUGAUUCUAUAUGCAAGUGGAUCUGGGGGCUUGAUUGAGAGACUACCUUUGACCGGUGUAGAUGUUGUUAGCUUGGAUUGGACUGUUGAUAUGGCUGAAGGGAGAAGGCGGUUGGGCACUGGUGUGGCAGUCCAAGGUAACGUGGAUCCAGGUGUUCUUUUUGGUUCGAAAGAGUUCAUCACUGAACGAAUUAAGGAUACCGUGAAAAAAGCUGGAAAAGGGAAACAUAUAUUGAAUCUUGGACAUGGAAUUGUAGUUGGUACACCGGAAGAAAAUGUUGCUCAUUUUUUCGAGGUUGCUAAAGGGCUUAGAUACUAG